UAUAAUCAAUGAACUCUAGUUGCAAAGUAACCAUCGAAAUGGAGAUCAUUUCUGAAGAAAUCAUCAAACCUUCAUCCCGGACACCAGAUCACCUCAAAACUUUUAAACUCUCCUUGCUUGAUCAGCUCACCUUGCAUACAUAUGCUCCAAUUAUUCUGUUAUACGAGUCCAAAACUGUCACUUGCAGUGAUGUUUUGAAAAAAUCGUUAUCCGAAACCCUAACAAAGUACUACCCUUUUGCGGGAAGACUCAGCGAAGACGGGAUCACAGUAGAUUGCAACGACGAAGGAGUCGUUUUUGUGGAAGCGAAAAUCAUUGGUUGUAGACUCUUAGAUUUUGUUCACAACCCUAAUUACGAAACACAAAGCUUACUUUUUCCUGAAGGUUACUUGUGGAAGGGGUCAUGUGUAGGUUAUAGCUUUCUUGCGGCUCAAGCAACUUACUUCGAGUGUGGAGGAAUGGCAUUAACUAUAUCUAUGUCCCACAAGGUUGCGGAUGCACCCACGCUUGGGAUUUUUCUUAGCGAUUGGGCCGCAAUUGCCCGUCAUGAGGUGAGACCACCACCAAUGAUUCUUGCUACGUCCAUCCCUUAUUUUAAUCUUGAAUACAUAAUGCCCGAGAUCGAGCUCGAUAUGAGUGAACCCCUUGUCACGAAAAGAUAUGUAUUUGAUGCACAAGACAUAGCCCGGUUGAAACAAUCAGUAACCGGGCUAGUGGAAAACCCUACAAAAAUCGCGCUUGUAACCGCACUUCUUUACAAAUGCGCGAUUAAUGCAUCAACUACAAAAACGGGGUCUUUCAAAAGCACGACUUUAAUUCAGCUAGUAAACAUGAGGCCCCGAGUGGAACCUCCAUUGCCGGAUAACUCUAUAGGAAACUUCACUUGGUACUUCACAACAUCAAACCGUGAUCAGAGUGAAACUAGUUUGGGAAAUUUGGUGACUCAACUGAAGAAAGGGAUCAAAGAACUUGGGGUUAGUGGGCUGGAUGAUUGGUUGUUGAGUGUAAGGGAGUCUGCAAACAAUGUAAAAGAGUUGUUUGAUAAUCUUGAUGUUUAUAGGUGCAGUCAUGUUCGAGGCAGAUCGUUUUAUCAGAUGAAUUUUGGGUGGGGGAAUCCAAUAUGGGGUACCAUUGCAGAUGUGUUGGUGAAGAACACUUUCAUUUUGUAUGAUACACCAGAUGGAUAUGGAGUUGAAGCUGUGGUGAGUCUUGAAGAAGAUCAUAUGAGAUUAUUCAAUGAAGAAGUUAUGGAUUAUGUAUCCAGUAAACAAAACUCGCAAUCUGCAUCAAUGACCCGUUCUCGAAUUUGAUUUAUAAAACAAUUCCAAUUGACUAUCUCAAAUAUUCUGGAUUUUUAAUUUUUGUUUUUGCUUUUGCUUUUUGAUACAUAGAUUGUAAUAAAUAGAGGUUACCUGAAAGGAAAACUUUAAAAGAUUUCUGUACACAGACCACCCCCGAUUAUCAUUAUGAAGUCGGGGUUGUUUAUGGUCCGUUAGUAACGGUUUUUGAAACUGAACUGUGAAAAUUUAUAUGAA